AUGAAAUGUCUGUUGGCUGUGGAGGAUAUAUUGAAGCAUGAGCUGGAGAGAGGUGCAGCAGCAGCAGCAGCAGCAGGAUCAGAGGCACUGCAGCAGGAGCUGCAGCAGUGUAGAGAGAACCUACGAGCAGCAGAAUUUGAGUGUGAAACACUAAAGAACGAGCUGUCUUUUCUCCGAGCUGUAAACCAGCAGCUGCAGCAGCAGCGAGAAGAGAAACCAAGCAAAGCAGUAGAGGAGCUGCAGCAGCACCUAGAUGAGAAGGUGCAGCAAGCAGCAGCAGCACAACAAGCUGUGCAUGCGCUGCAGCUGCAGCACGAUAAAUUCAGGCUAAAAGCAGCAGAAGAACUAGCAGCAGCAGAAGCAGCACAAGCUUCUCUCUCGAGAGAGCUGAAAGCAGCAAGAGCAACAGCAGCAAUUACAAUACAAGACCUGAAGACAUCACUGCAGCAGCAGCAGAACGCAUGCAACGAGCUGCGGCAGCUGAAAGAAGCAGCAGAAACACGUCUACGAGAGUGCAGCAGAGCAGCAGGGGAAACAGAGAUAGAGAGGCAGCAGCUCAGGAAGCAGCAGCAGCAGCUGCAGCAGCAGCACCAAGCAAUACGCAAAAGCCUCAGCUGUAUACGCGCCAGAGCAGCACAGGCGCAGCACCAGUGGCUCGCAGAAAACAAACAAACUGAGACCAUGCACACUUCUCUUGCUGCUGCUGCUGCUGCUGCUGCUGCAGCAGCAGCAGCAAAGGACGGGAACCACGACAGACCCUCCUUCGUAUCCACUCCACCGUCUUCAGUUGCUGCUGCUGCUGCUGCUGCUGCUGCUGCUGCUGCUGCUGCUCCCCCUGAGCAAGCCCUCAGCCACGAGUCCUUACAAAGCAGAGACGCUGCAAACAGCCACAGCAGAAGCAGAAGCAGCAGCAGCAGACAAGAGCAGCAGCACAAGCAGCAGCAGCAGCAGCAGCAGCAGCAGGAGAGGGCUGCACCGCCUCUCGCCCCCAGCUUUGGGGUGUAUGUACACCCCGAUACGCAGCAGAGGAGGCGUUCCCUCAACUCCGAUCCACCAUCAUCAUCAUCAUCUGCAGCAGAAGCAGCAGCAGCAGCAGCAGCAGGAGCAGCAGCAGCAGCAGGAGCAGCAGCAGCAGCACGAGGUGCAGCAAGAGCAGCAGAAAUGAGUGGAGGAGAAAGCGAGAGUUUCAUUCUGAGCGGGGACACAGACCUAUCAUCAGCAGCAGCAGCAGCAGCAGAUGCAACAUCAGCAUCAGCAGCAUCAGCAGCAGCAUCAGCAGCAGCAGCAGCAGCAGCAGCAACAGAAAGCAUCGAUGCCUCUCCUCUCCCAGCAGCUGCAGCACUGUCUCCUGCUUUCUCUUCGUUAGCUGCUUCUGCUGCUUCUCUGCAGCAGCAGCAGCAGCAGCAGCAGCAACAGCAGCAGCAGCAGCCAGGGGGGCCCCUUGGGGGGGCCCCCCCCAUGCAUGCACUGCAGCAGGAGCUGGCUCCGCUCUGUAUAAACAACAAAACACACACAAACAACGCUGAAGCCCCCCCCUCCCCCAGGCGAUCCUCGGAGCUGGACCCUCUCCUCUUCCUAGGUGGCAGCGGCUUGGCGAAGUGGUGCCGCAUCGCAGCAGCAGCAGCAGCAACAGCAGCAACAGCAGCAACAGCAGCAGCAGCAGGAUCGGCAACUUAUCAGCCAGAAAGGAAGAAGCGAGAGCAGCUGCAGCAGCAGCAGCAACAGCAACAGCAGCAGCAGCAGCAGCAGCAGCAGCAACAGACAGAACGGCAAAUCCCAGCCAGCCGCAGCUCCAACCCGAAGAGGGACUGCUGCAGCGGUUUAGGGGCCGCUGAGGGCGACGGGGAGCCGGCGAUGCAUGCAUGCAUGCAUGCGGGGCAGCAACAACGGAAAACAGCAGCAGAUGCAUUUCAACACACAGGCAUGCAACCCUAUGACAGCAACAAACUGCAGCACGGGCAGCAGCAGCAGACGCAGGCGCAGCAGCAGCAGCAGCAGACGCAGGAGCAGCAGCAGCAGAAGCCAAAGGAGCAGCAACAGCAGCAGCAGCAGCCGCAGGAGCAGCAACAGCAGCAGCAGCACACGCAGGAGCAGCAGCAGCAGCAAGAACAGCAGCAGCAACAAUAUGAAGAAGAAAAACUGCAAAAACAGCAGCUGCAGCAACAGUGCGAACAGCUGCAGCAGGAGCAGCAGCAACAGCAACACGAACAGCAACAACCGCAAGAGCAGCAGCAGCAGCAGCAGCAGCAGCAGCAGCAACGGGAACAGCAGCAGGAGCACGAACUGCAGCAGCAGCAGCAGCAGCAUCUGCAACAAAUCGAAGGGAAUCAAAACCCGAGCGAAGAAGACAAAGAGCCGCAGCAUCAACAAACGCAGCAGCAGCAGCAGCAGCAGCAGCAGCAGCAGCAACUGCAAAAACAGCAACUGCAGCAGCAGCAACUGCAGCAGCAGCAUGAACUGCAGCAGCAGCAAACGGAACCUAUAAAACAGGCGCUGGACU